UAUUAUAACGGUAUUUCUAAAACAUCAUUGUACCACAAAUUUGUGCAUUGUAUUUAGUGGUGAUAAUCUGUGAAAAAUAUAUUAGGAUAUAAACACAAUAUAUAAAAAACAUAAAAUUGCUGAACUUGUGCUGUUUAUCGUUUAAUUCUUUUUGAAGUAUUUAAGUUUUUUAACGUUUGGGUGAAGUCCAGUUUUUGACAAAUGCAGAAACAACAAUAAUAAAACGCUUUUGGGAAUGUAACCUGUUUUCGUUGUCCAGAUUUUUAGGCCUAAGCUAAUUGUGAGAUGACUAAAUUUGGGAAAUACUUUGCUUUGGUCAUGUCAACACGCACCGAUAAGACUUUAUACUUAACUUAAUUGAAAAAAGUAACUACUCUUAUAAGGUGAAAAAAUUCAUAGUUUAUAGAAAUUAUCCUUAUAUAUAUUUAAACAUCGAAACAUUUCAUCGUCCUUUUUAAAAAAAGUCGUUAACAAAAAUAUGGAACAAAAAAUGGAAAAUAAAAUUAAAGAACAAAAGUUCGACUCACAUUCUAUUACUACAUCUGUUGCUUCUUCUAUUGUUACCUCUUUUAAAAAUAAGACAUUAAAUCCAUCUCCGUCGUCAAUUUCAAAAUUUACCACAAAAUUGUCUUCUGCGAAAAUCACAGUAUCAACUAAAAAUGUGGAUGAAAAAACAAAUAAGUCAACUCUAAUUUCUAGUAAUUCUCCGAUUAAAGUACAAACAUAUUUACCUAAAAUUAAUAAAAUACAAAAAGACAGAUCGGCUGCAGAAAAUGAUCUUCCAAUAGUUCAUUUAAAAAAGUUACCUGCAAUUUCAUCAAAUUCGUUUUAUAAAUCUUCAAUUGUACCACAUGAAACCAAACAUAGUUAUGAUGAAAUAUACUUCAUCAUAUAAGUCACGAUCGUCAAUUACACCUACUGAAAAAUCUUCUAUAUCGAGUAACGAAUCUAUAAAUAAGGUUUCCGAUACAAUUCAAAAGAAAAUUCCAGUCAACAAAGUUGAAAAUAUAUCUUCAGAUAUCACAUUUAUUGAAGGUUCAUGUUUUCAAACAGAUUCCCACAACAGCGCCAAUUUACCUAAUGCCUCUGAUGAAAAUAUAACACCAGAUUUAACAAAUGGGAGAACAAAUGUUAAUUGCAACCAAAGUAUUAUAGUUUCAGAUCAACCAAUAG